UUUUGUUCACGUCAUUGACGAACUACCAAAAAUUACUGUCGUCUCUACUUGGGCGAGGAUCAUUUGCUGCAAAUACCGUAAAAAAUAUCCGCAAAAAUUAACAAAAAUUACGAAAAUUAGUGGAGAAAUUAGUAAUUAAUAUAUACAAAAAUAAAGUUUACUAAAAUUUUGGUAAAGAUGUUAAAUGAAAAACGCGGUUUUUCUUAGGGAAAAGUGUGAAAAAACGGCGGAGAAAAAUUUUACAUCAGCAAAAGAGACGUAAGGAAAAUUUUGUGUGUACCAACGAAACAGCAAAGAAAGCAGAACAUAGGAAAACGAAUAAACAAGGUGAAGAGUGAGUGCGAGGGAAAGAGUGCGCAUUAUUUGUAAACUCCCCAAGAAAAGCGGGAAAGAGAGAGAAUUUUUUCUUCAUCUGUGCAAGGAAGGGCUAAUUGCGUUUUUGUAUUGGAUUUUGCCAUUUAGAUACCAAUUGGAAAUGAUGGAAAGUUUUGAAGAUACUCUAAUUGGCACUGCUCAUACUGAUAAGUGUGAUUUGCAUGAUGUCAAAGUUAUACGAGAAUCAUGUUUAUCUGCCAAUUGCACUACAUUAGUGGCUGGUAAACAAAAUUUUAAUUUUGGCGCCGAAAUAGUUGGAACACAAACAACAGUAUCAAAACGCGAAAGCGAUAUCAAAACAAACUGCGAUAAUAUAGCAACAACCACAACAUUAGCUACAGUGGCGGUAGCGGCAACAACCUCGCCUGAAGAAGAAAGUCCAGUAACAAACAUUGAAACACCAUUAAAUGUGGUCGAAUUACCGCUAAAAGAAAAUUGUAUAAAUGAGGAAAGCCUUCAGGAUGUUGAUGAUGAUACAGGCGCUGAAGACGGUGCUGCCGACAGUUAUCAAACAGAUGAUGACACAACUCAGGAAGGCAAUGACGAGUCACAGGAGUGCAGUGCUAAUGGACAUAACGCUGCUUCCCAGGACAGUGACGAUGAUUCCUCAUCUGAUUCCGAUUUUUCAGAUUUUAGUGGACUAUCAGAUAUGUCGGGACGUGAGUGGAAACCUAUAAGUGCACGUCCUAUCAAUUGGGUACAGAAACAAAUACACGCUGGUGCAAAUCCACGCGAUUUACUUUCGCAAAUGCUACCUUCAAAUACACAACCCAUAGCGCCAGGUGUAAAUGAUAUGAUGUUAUGGCGCAUAUUGGCUAGCAUGUUAUCGGAACCACCGCGUCGUCAGAAGCUGCGUUAUAUAAAUACAUUCGAAGAUGUGAUACAAUUGAUUCAACAGUCACAAAACAUUAUAGUCCUCACAGGGGCUGGAGUAUCCGUUUCAUGUGGCAUACCAGAUUUCCGUUCGAGUGAUGGUAUCUACAGUCGUUUAGCGAAGGACUUCCCUAACUUGCCCGACCCACAAGCAAUGUUUGACAUCAAUUACUUUUCAAGUGAUCCACGACCAUUUUUCAAAUUUGCGCGUGAAAUAUAUCCCGGACAGUUCAAGCCUUCACCGUGUCAUCGCUUCAUCAAACUGCUAGAGGAAAAACAAAAGCUUUUACGAAAUUACACACAAAACAUAGAUACUUUAGAACAAGUAGCCGGCAUCAAAAACGUCAUUGAAUGUCAUGGCUCCUUCUCAACUGCUUCCUGCACCAAAUGUAAGGUCAAAUGUACAGCAGACGCUAUACGUGAAGACAUCUUCUCACAGCGCAUACCAGUUUGCCCACGUUGCCAGCCGAAUGUACAACAGAGUGUCAACGCUUCCGAUGCGGUAUCCGAUGCAGAUUUACGACAUCUUGUUGAGAAUGGCAUUAUGAAGCCAGAUAUUGUUUUUUUUGGCGAAGGUCUUCCUGAGGAGUUCCACACUGUCAUGGCCAGUGACAAAGAUAAAUGUGACCUGUUAAUUGUUAUAGGUUCUUCUCUUAAAGUACGACCUGUAGCUCUCAUACCCAGCUCCAUACCAGCAAGCGUACCCCAAAUACUUAUCAAUCGCGAGCAGUUGCAUCAUCUUGAAUUCGAUGUAGAGUUAUUGGGCGAUUCAGAUGUUAUCAUCAAUCAACUUUGCCAUCGUUUAGGUAACGAAUGGAAAGAAAUUUGCUAUGACAAUGUUGUACUGAAAGAAUCGAAGGAACUUUCGCCAUUGGAAGAUGAAGAAGCUAUUGACGAAAUUGAGGAGUAUGGCCAACAGAUGCUAGAUACAGACACACAAUCGGUGAAAUCCAGCGCCUCCACAGACAUAGCUCUACGUUCGGCAGGUGCCUAUUCAGAUAGCGGUUUUGAAUCAUCCACAUCAUCCGGUAUGGUACUUGCCAAACCCACUAUCACCACGGUGGCUAAUAGUGAGGCUAAUGAAGCAAUCGAGAAGAUCAAAAGCAGUAUAAUGGAAUUGAAUCACCCGUUAACGAAAACACAUGAAUCUAACGAUAAUUUGGCAACAGUAAAUUAUUUACAAGACCACAGCGAUAUGGUGGAUUUUGAAAACCGUACAUUUCAACAUUUUAACGCACGUGUCAGUGAGGCGCAACACCAGCACACAGCUUAUGGUUUAAAUGGACGUCAUUUAUCAGUGGAUUCAUCGAAGGAUAGUGGUAUACUGGGCGAUUCGUCGAACUCGGGGCCAAAUACACAUAACAUUAUCGGUACAUUGCCGCCGCCAGUUACUAAUUUUGGCGAUAGUGGUGGCACAACUGCAUUAGAUGACUUAUCCACCGCUUCAACAACCUGCGCCGACAACAUACACAACACAAGCGAAGCGACAGCCACGACAUCAACGCAGCAAACAAUCGAUGCGGUGGAAAAUAAAACAACAGACAUUUCGGUGCAUCGCAAUACAAAGAAAUACCGUACAGCAGCCGAACGUUUAAUUGAAGGCACCUACUAUGCGCAUGAUACCUCACCUUCUUAUGUUUUUCCCGGCGCGCAAGUUUCAUGGUGGUCCGAAGCAGAAGAUGAAGAUGAGAAUGGUAUUAUCGGCAAUGUGUAUGAUGAUGAUGUUGAGGAUGACAUCGAUGCAAAUGGCGGUCCACUAUCUCCACUUUUGCCACCCUCUGUGGAAGCAGAAGUAGUUAGUGAAAUAACAACAACAAGUGCAUUUGCAAUUUGCGCCAAACCCACGCUAGCGGUGGUAUCAUAUAGCAAUAGCACCGGCAGCGGCAACGUGAAUGUAGAUGACAAUGAAGUUAAUGCAGUCGUACAAACGGUUAGUAAUACAAAUGCGAGUGAAUCGAGCAAUGUAACAGAAGCAACAACAACAAUAUACUCCUGCAGUAGUACGAAAAACAUCGAGUGUAAAAGCGAAGGGGCGGCAUUGUUGCCAGCUUCAGUAAUAUCACCGCUAAAGAGAGCUUGUGAAUGCCCCCCAACGUCAAUUAGCAGCAGCAGCAAUAGUAAUCACAAUUGCAGUAGUAGUAGUAGUAGUAAUAGUACGAGUGAAAUGUAUAAAUUCAGCCCGCCACCGGUAAAACGUCGACGAUCAGAAGAAGUAAAAGUAAUAAAAUGUGUUGUGAAUGAACCAGCUGAGGAUUUGAAUGAAAUCAGCAGCAUAAUUGCUACAGAUCAAGCAUAUAGCACAUUGCAAGAUUAAGUAUAUUUAUGCUUUGAUGUAAUUGCAAUUACUGCACCUUCCCCACGCGUAUUGACGACGCCUGCGGCAUGCUAUUACAAUGCGCGAAAAAUGCGGAACAACAUCGAUAACUGAAGUCAAAACAAAUACAAAUGUUUGCAUUAAAUUUAUUUAUUUUUUUUUUUUUUUGGUAAUUUUAUUUAA